AUGUCAUGCAGGCAGUCCGUCUCUACAACGAGGUGCUUCAGGGGACACUAUCUCUCGCCCAAUGAGCAAGACAAUGUCCGCAAAGUGCUCGUCGAGGCAGAGACCGCGUCAGGCGAGGCUCGACGCAACCAGAGUGCCGUCACCCGCGAGGUGGACAGGGUCCUGACCACCGGAAAGACUCUGACCGACCUCCAUGAUGCUCAGAUACAGGAGCUCAACGAUAGAAUUCUCGAGCAGGGGGUCGAGCAAAGCGGAGAAGGCGGUCCUCUAGCGGAAGUAGUGGAGGAGGAGGAUGAGGCCCAGGGACGUACACCUUAG